AUGUCGUGCCACCGUUGGUCUUUACCCGAUUUCGCCACCUUCUUUUUAGACAAAUGUGACAGCCUCAGGACGAAGACCACUGGUGACAUUUGUAUUGGAGGUCUCAUUACCCUCAUUGGUUUGGGUAUGGGCCUUCAAUUUCCAGCAUCUGAAUAUGUACCAGUGGAUGAUCCACCUCUUUACCUUCUUGAUUGCAUUACUCUCAUGCGGAUGGAAUUAAUUCUACCUCAUCCUAAUCUUCUUGGACAUUUCUCUUGGCUAAACCAUGUCAAGGACCCAAUUUACAUCUUACCCAAUCCAAGUAUCUCCACCUUCAUCACCAAUGACCCCGAAACAUGGUUUUUGCCUCAAGACUUGCCAGACGAUGAUGACGCAGCCGCGGAUGAUGACAUGCAGGUGGAUCCUGAUGAUGCUGAUAGCCCAUUCGAGGCUGAAGACCAUUAUGAUCUCCCAAUCCGCUAG